GUCGUGCUUCGGUUCAACCCGGCUUUAAAAAAAAACGGGCCAGUGAGACCGCUCACCGAUCGCCGAUUAACGCAUUAAUUGAGCCCAUCAACCAAUCGUUCGGUCGCGACCGUGGCGCCUCGCCCGCCGCAUGACCUCUGGAGUGACGCGUCUCUCCGAUGAGAGGGCGGAGGGAAGAGCGCCGGAGGAGAUGCGCAUAUCUGCAGGUCUCUAGCGCUGUCGUAAAACAAGUGUCGGGAGCAAGUGAGCUAAAAUUAAAGCGAUGCCAGGAGUAACCAAGUACAAUUUAGUGGAUGACGCGCAAGAUUUGAGGAUCCCCAUGCACAACGAGGAGGUGUUUAAGCAUGGGGUGUGCUUCGAGGCAAAGUACAUAGGCAGUUUGGAGGUGGGCCGCCCCGGGAGCCGAAUGGAGAUAGUUGCAGCAAUGAGGAGAAUCAGAUAUGAAUUCAAGUUGAAGAACAUAAAGAAAAAGAAGGUCAACAUUGUCGUAUCUACUGACUUCGUCAAAGUAAUUUUGCGCAAAAAGAGGAAGAGAAAAGGAUGGUCGUGGGACGACAAUACCAUCUUGGUGACACAGGAUCCUAUCUACAGGAUCUUUUACGUCUCACAUGAUGCUCAAGACUUAAAGAUAUUCAGUUAUAUAGCCAGAGACGGACAGAGCAACAUUUUCCGCUGCAAUGUGUUUAAGUCUAAGAGAAAGUCUCAGGCCAUGAGGAUUGUGCGGACAGUGGGUCAGGCGUUUGAUGUGUGUCACCAGCUGACCCUGCAACAGAAAGACGACGAGCAGGAGGAUGAGGAGGGGAAGGCGGAGGAACUGCAGGCGGUGCCAGCAAAGAAGAGGUUUGCAUUGUCAGAGGAGACAGACCUUGAAGCCACUACAGAGGAGAGCAUUGAGUGCGUCUCCUCAUCAGACCCGGAGAAGAGUAAAAAGGACGAGGCUCUUGGUAAUGAUGGAAAGGUAUCUGAUGACCCGUCUCUUCUGCUGAGCUCACCCAUCCUUGGAGCCUCUGUGCUGGCUCAUGCUGCAGCAGGGGGAUCCUGCUCUGCAGAGCACCAGGUCCAGUUCCUUCAGAAACAACUGCAGCAGCAGGAACAACAAGCACUAGCAGCUUCAGCGCAGGUAAAUGUUUUGCAGGAACAGCUGUCGGUGGAGGUGUGUGCUCGGACUGAAGCCCAGGCCAGAGUGCAGAGGCUGCUGCAGCAGAACACAGACCUGCUGCAGCACAUUUCCCUGUUGGUCAAACAGAUCCAGGAGCUGGAGCUCAAAGCUGCGGGCCAGUUAACAUCCAUGGGUUCCCAGGACAGUCUUCUGGAGAUCACAUUUCGUGCAAAGCCUCCCGGUGUUCCUCAUGAACCCCCCACCCGUUCCUCAUCUACAGGCCUGUUAGCAGCUCAGUCCCAGCUUCAGAUUAGCAAUAGUGCCUGGGUCUCUGUCCUGCCCGGGUCCUGCUCUCCAGGCACCAUGGGCGCUGACACCAUCCCCUCGGGGCUUAGCAGCAGCGGAGUUAGGCUUGAGUGCUUCCGCUUUACUUCCCGAGCGGCAGACAGCCAGGAACAGGGACAGGACACAGGGGAGACUCCCAGCGACGGGGCCCCCGAUGAAAGCUCGCUGCUGGGGGAGCAGGUCCUGGGAGCCCUGGAGUUGCUUCGUUUCAGGGAAUCUGGGAUUGGAUCAGAGUACGAGUCAAACACAGAUGAGAGCGAUGACCGGGACAGCUGGGGUCAGGGGGAGGGAGCGGGGGCCGACGGAGGAGCCCGACUUUUAAAUGUGCUGAAUGCAGAGAGUCUGCCAGACUGCUUGGGAGAUGAAAUGGCUGUUUAGUGGUGCUGUGAAAGCUGCACUAGGCAACUUUGAACCUAUGUAAAAGCCCAAUGGGAAAUAAGUAAAAUUCAGAAUCUGAAAUUAUCUGUAUAACGUGACAGAAAACUGCAUAAUCUGCAGAUAUAAAUUACUUGUCACGCUCACUCACCGCUGUCCUGGCAAAAGUUUGACAGUUUUUGCCCUUUUGAUUUGCACAGCUUAAGAAAAUGUCCGUCUAUAUCCGUGCUGUACCUCGUAAGAUUAAAUACUCAGAUGCGCUAAGUGUUUUUAAAAUGAUACAUUUCAAUCUUAAAUUGUAGGAUAACUUGAUUAUACCAUUAAUUCAUACCUCAAACGUAUUAUUAUGCUAGGAAGCCCAUAUUCGGUGGCAAGUGCUAACACUGCAGCAAUCAGUGAUGGGGUCAUUACACAAAACAGUACCACAUGCAUUUUUCUUAGAAACUAAUGCAUUACAUUACUUAUUUACUCCCUGAAAAAGUGAAUCCAUUACACUAUUCAUUACAUUAUUUUUGUGUUGCUCUUUAAUAUCAGACUGGGUACAGGAAUCUUCACUGGUAGCUCUGUGGAUUGUUAUUUCUUGCUUUUAUGUAGUUAAUAUGUCACACUUCUGCAACACAGAAAAAUGUAAUGCAUUACUUUAGAAUCCGUUACACCCAACUAGGGCAGUAAUAUGAUAAUAAUAAUAAUAAUAAUAAUAAUAGCAGAAACGUCUUAGAAUCAUUGAGCAUGCUGUUUGCAAAUCAUCUAUAUUUUUGUUAAUCCUUGGUAACUCCUAUAUAAUAAAUUUAGACAUCAUAAUGUCUAAAGCCAUGCUAGCUGCUCUAUGAGGGUGAGCUAAAUGCUAUGCUAAUAUGCACACAAAUGCUGUGUCAAAAAUUGCUGUACUUCCAUAAUUACACUUGAUCAUUUGAGUACAUGUUCAGAGUGCACUAGAAGUACCCAGUUGAUGGACUCAUAAAAGUCAAAAAGUUGAGUGUGGAAAACUGUACAGUUUUCAGUUAAAGUCGUUUAGAAUAGAAAGAACUAAGCAAAACACUGCCUGAAAAGUGGAGGUAAUUGAGUAGUUUCUCAUGCAUAAACUGCACUAAACAAUUGUGAGUGAAGACUAGUCUGAUUUUUUCCAUGCUUGCUUGACACGGCAUGUGAAACCAGUAUAAAGUUCAAAAUGACUUUUUUUCACUUUUUUUUUAUUGUUUCCUAGACUUUCAAAACCUUUAGAUUUUCAAACAUGGAUUUCAUCUACUCGUUUUUGUUUAUUUUCCAUUCAUUUUUAACUAAAAGAUGUCAAAAUGUGUCUCUUAUUUGAAAUACUGUGGGUUGGUGAAAAUGGAAAUACAUUAAUAGCUAUUGGUAGCACGCUAGUAAAAUUCUAAUUCUUCUAGGUUUUAAAGAAACUGUUGAUCAGUCAUGGUCCACACAGCUUUAUCGCCACAGGCCAAAUACAGAAAAGGCACUCGCGUUACUGGAGGGGGACAGGCUUCCCUGGCUUCCUGGACAGUUUGCGCCUCGAGGCUUGUGUAGCCCUGCUGAGCGAGUGUUUUCCCCUCAUGGUCGAGAGGUUUGCUGUUUAAGAAUUUCAUGGAAAAUAGUGUGUUUUUCAUUUGCAGUUUGUGCACCAGAAACUGUUCGUUAAACGACAUUUUUCUGACAGUGAAGUUGAAAAAGCCCGUUCAGUAUUGAUUGCGUGGCGUUUUUUGUGUGUGCAGGCGGUGUGGGAAAAGCCUGCGUCUUUAGCCAGCGUUUCCCACACUGCGUCACAAAUUUGGUAGAAACAUUAGUGCUGAUGCUAGCUAGCAAGCUGAAAGUUGCAUUCUCUGACCUAAGCACUUAUAUUUGGCAUUGUGUGAUGUUUAAGUGCUAAACUGUCAUCUUCCAAUAGAAUAAUAUGUGAUUAGAGACUCGACGGAUUGGUGUUCACAAAAUGUGGCAGCUAGCAUGACAGUUGCACUAAAAUGCUAAUCUGUGCACCACUUGCCAUGUUCAAGAAAUUCAUACGUUAUGACAGUUUGUACAUAGUGUAUUUCAUGUGAGCAUAUGUUUAAAUUUAACCUGAGGCACAGGGGCAAUUCUUUAGUGUUAUCAUGUUCACAAAUUUAACAAGUAGCUAUUAGCUAGUAUAUUAGCUAAUAACUAGCUAAAUUAAACAGUUGAGGCAGGAAUAAUGUGACUUAUUUCAAGCAGUUGUUCAUAAAUUUGCCAAUUUCUACAAGUUAAUAUUAAUUUUUCAGAUUACAUUUUUAUCAAAUCAACACUACAUACAUUAAGUAACAUCACGUACUGUAAUCCUCAACACUAAAAUGUACCUUCUGCUUCUCAGCUUCAGUGCAGUGGGACAUUUAGCACAGUGCAGCUUCAGUCAAACCCUAUUAGUCAGUACAAGUGCUGUGGUGUUGCAGGCUGUCUGAAAACCUCUGCUGUGUGUGUGUUUGAUGAUUGUUGUAAUGUUUGGUUCCUUGCCUCUGAGAGCCACUCACACGGCUUUUUACACUGUGGUUUGGUGACAUGUCCAGCAUGAACACAGUCAUUUUUGCUGUUUUUUCAUUACCGUCAAGAAAGAAAAAAGUCUGUUUAAACGUGUUGACAUAGUUGGCUUUCUUGGGGGGGGGGUUUGAGUGGGGACCUUGCUAACACUCGCUGUGACACUCGUCUGUAAUCUCAUAUAAGAAAUGGGUUUAAUAAGCAGCAUGUACCUCUGAAAGUAUGACCUUUUUUUCUGUACAUUGUACACAGUAAAGUCUGAUUACCUUAGCGAUUGUAUAUAUAUUCAGCAUGACUUUAUUUAUAAUGGUCUUCGUUCUAAUUAUGUAGUUAAAGAUGAUUUUCUCAUUUGAUUAUUCUGUGUCAGAGGUGCACAUGUCACUGGGCAGGUGCUGCUACAGUCUUGUCUCUGCUGUUAAAAACUGUAGCCACUCCAUACUGUAGGGAUAAUUCAUUAAUGCCGUAUUGCGGCAGUGAUAACCUGCUGUGUCACUGUUGCGACAGCCUUUAAAGAAAUUGUUUUGAAAAUGACCCAAAAGUACAAAUUCAAAAAAAUAUGUGAUCUAAAAGACUUCUGGACUCCUUCAUAUUCUUGCAGCCAGCUGCCGCACCGGCUCCAUCCCGCUGACUGUGAGCCAGCUCUUUAAAUCACUGGAUUGGGGACGUGUUUUUGAGUUCUUUCCAAAAUCAAUUAAUCUCGUCUUGGCCCUACUCCUCUCCUUUCCUCACCUUCCUUCCCUCUCUUCCCUGAAGCUUAUCACCCUGCUCCGUCAAUCUCUUAACAUUUGUCUUCAAGGUUAUGUCUGUUCACAAGAAGUGUGCUGAAAAUGAAAGUGCACUUACAUCGAUGUUUCUCCUCGUGGAAUUAAAUGCCCUUUCUCAAAUGCCA